AUGCGAAGGAGCAGACACGAGGGCCGGACCCGACCCCAACCCGAUCCGGGCGAUCCCGACCCGAUCCGGUGCGAUCCCGACCCGAUCCGGUGCGAUCCCGACCCGAUCCGGUGCGAUCCCGACCCGAUCCGGCUUUCCCGUCAAUGGCGGGAUGGCGGAUCCGGUGGGGGUUCUGGAAGACGGGUAAUGGCACUCUGGAUUGGAUUUCCAAUCGCGGAAGCCAGGCCAGGUUCAUACGAAGACGACUACUAUUACGACUCUUCCUCCUCGGGGUCGGGCGGGGGGGUCGGCAUGGCCGACUUCGACAUGGGACAGUGGCUCGACCCCAAGGCGUGGCCGAGGGUCGUGCUGGACGACUGGAAGGGGGCGGCGCCGAAUAUUAAAUACGAGCCGAAGUUCGGACCGACGUUCAACAAGAUCGUCAUCCAUAAGCCGGAGAAGGAGGACGACCAGGACCCCAGAGGGGACAACAAAGACAACCCCGACAACAUGGACAAUCCCGACAACGUCGACAACCCCGACAACAAAGACAGUCGCGACAACAAAGACAGUCGCGAUAAUAAAGACAGUCGCGAUAACAAAGACAACGCAGACAGCGGCAAGAACAGGCAGGACAGGCGGAACAAGAAGGACAAGCAGGCCAAACGGGACAAACGGAACCAGCGGGAGAAGCGAGACAGACGGAACAAGCGGGCUGCAUCCGACAGAGGCGACAUCGCGAAUGCCUUUCACGCUGCAAGUGAAGCCUCUGAAACCAACAGCGACGAAGCCGAUGCCUCGAGCAGCCGUAACGUAGCCGAUGCCAGCAGCGGAGGCGAUGGGAAACCUCUUGCGAUUGGAAAUGGAGGUUCUGGUCUCUCCGAACACGAUGGAAUUCUCGACGAAAACCCGCUUUAUUGGGGCAAGGUCGGGGUCUGGGUUGGGGGAGGGGAGCCGUCGGGGGUGGGUGGGUUUUUCCGUGUUUUUGUGGAUUUAAGCCGGGAUUGGGGUUUGGGGGAUGACGCAGACGAGGAGCCCGAGACUUUCCCAAAGGCGACUCACGUCGAGGCCAUGCACUCAGUGGACAUCCUUCAGCUCUACUUUAUUGAGCAAGGAUCGGGCGAUACGGCGCGUGCUGAAGAAGUCUUUAGAAAAACUUUUUCAGACAUGAAACAAGGAACUAUGGACUAA